AUCUGUAACUACAGAGAGUCAUCACUCGGCUCUAUAUAUAUCAUCCUUAUCUCGGUCAUCUUCUCAUCCCACUCACUCAAACUCUCUCUUUUCUACCUCCUUCUUUGCCUUCUCAUUCUCCACAAUCCCCCUUUUGCUUCCCAAAUGGCUAGUGUUGAGGUGGCCCAAGCAGUGAAAGACAAUGAAAAGGAAACAACCUCUGAACAACAAGUGGUCACCGAUGUUGCUGCAAAAGUUGAAGAAGAAAAAGAGACCAAUAAAGAGGCAAAUGAAGCCAUGGCUGAUGAAGAAGUGAAGGAAGAGAAUAAGGAAAAUGGUGAAACAGAAUCAUCAGUUGCAGAGGAAGAGAAGAAGGAAGUGGAAGCAGACAAGGACGGAGCCACGAAGGAUGUUCCUGUUGAAGGAACUGAUGAAGCUUAGGGAGGCAUUUCAAGUAAAGCGUAGAGAGAGAGAGAGAGAAUAUAGCUUGGGAUUCACUAUUCCCUCAUUCCCUCCCUCCCUCUCUAUACGUUUCAAUGAAAGUGUGGAUUUAAAUCCACGUAUCUUUGGCUUUCAUGCUUUGUUGUUGGUUUUGCAUGCUUGACUUCACAAGCUUUCUCUCAGUAAUUUUAUAUUUGAUAAUGGUGAAAAGGUCUUGAACU